CCGCCUAAUUUGCAGUGAAUCUGCUGCCAGUCUGCAGUCAGUAAUAUUGUGUCAGCCCUCUGUAACGGGGCUGCUCACCCAGCCAGCAUUGAUCCAGACAGACUAAAAGAUCAUUUGGCACAGUAUUGUGAUUCCCUUCCUCUUAACUGUAGGUCACGUAGACACAGGUCACUGCAACCGCAACACACCGCUCCUCUUACUUCUGUUUGACUUGCAGUGGCCGCAUGAUAACAAACCAACAAUCAAUUUUCCUGAGCAAGAACAGGACAAAAAAAGGGGUAGAAAUGUCACCAAACUCUGGAUAUCUACCUCAUUAACAGAGGAAGGGAAGUGGAAUAGAGGGAGAGAGAAGAAAAAAGGUCUUGAAGGGAAAGAGAUCAUGAUAAGAAAAAACCUUAGUCGAUCCACCCGCUCCAUCUAUCUUGGUCUGGCGUUUCUGUCCCUCGCUCUCCACCUCCUUCUGGCAUUUUUUUGUCUCUCUGUCCUCCAGACAGCCUGUAUCUUUCCCACCUCCUCCUCUUCCUCCAUUCCAAGAACAGACACUCAGCACCACCAGUCCAGCUCCCACUCCUCCUCCUCUUCUUCGGCUGCCUCUUCCUCACAUAAAUUGCCAACGUUCCCCCAGAAUGAAGAAAAUCACAAACUGAAUGCCAACACCUUCAGCCAUAAAGAGAAAAACUCAUUCAGUGAUGCCUCUGAGAGGGAAAAGAAACUCAUCCAAGCUGGAAAAGGGAUUCAAAAGGUCAAGGGUCAUUCCAAGCUCGAGGCGUUGUUCAAGCACCCACUGUACAACCUGCCACGUCCAGAGCUGCAACAUGAUGAUUGGUUGCUUAGGGUGAAAUCAAAAGAUCAUCCAAGGGAUACGGAGAGUGAGGAAGAUGAAAGGGAAGAUAGCACCGAUAGUGACAGUCAGUGGCACAGUGCCAGUGAGGAGGAAGGCUAUGACAAAGUGACUUGGACGACCGACGCAGAGACUCACCCUCCCUGGCUACGAUUCCACCUCGGCAUCUCUCGCUGGGAGCUGUACAACAGGAAGGAUCCCAAUCUGGCCCAGCUGACUCACUAUUUGGCAACGCAACGUGUCCUCGGUGCUGUUCAGAAGACAGGAGGUACCCAGCUCAAACUGCUCAUGUCGUUCCCAAACUAUGGACAGGCUCUGCUGAAACCCAUGAGACAAUCCAGAGACGCAGAGACGGACGUAAACCUCUUCUACUUCUCUGACUUUGAAAGACACAAUGCAGAAAUCGCUGCCUUUCACCUUGACAGAUUGUUGGGCUUUAACAGGAUCCCUCCAGUGGUCGGCAGACUCAUCAAUGUCACCUCAGAGAUCAGACAGAUUACCACUGAUAACAGGCUGUCUAGGACCUUCUUCACUUCCCCUGUGGGGAACGUGUGUUUCUAUGGCCAGUGUGAGUACUACUGUUCCUCAGAGAACCCAGUGUGCGGUCGACCACAUGCUCUGGAGGUUUCUUUGGCUACUAUGCUGCCUGACCUCGACCUCGCUCCCCGCAGGUCGUGGAGGUCACCAUGGAGACGCUCCUACAGCCGCACGAAACGAGCACAGUGGGAGAAGGACCCGGACUACUGUGACACGGUGAAGCAGACGCCUCCUUACAACCACGGCACCAGACUGGUGGAUCUCAUAGACAUGGCUGUUCUGGACUUCCUCAUGAGCAACAUGGACAGACAUCACUAUGAGACGUUUGAGGAAUUUGGCAAUGAGACGUUUCUGCUGCAUCUGGAUAACGGACGGGCGUUUGGUCGUCACUCUCGGGAUGAGCCGUCUAUUCUAACUCCUUUGAAACAGUGUUGCAGGAUCCGUCGCUCCACCUUCCUCCGCCUGCGUCUCUUGUCCCUGCCUGAUCUCCGUCUGAGUGAUGUGAUGCGAGAGUCUCUGGCCCAGGAUCCUCUGACGGACGUUGCCCCCCUCCUCUCUGAACCACACCUCUCCGCUUUGGACCGCCGCCUGGCAACCGUCCUGCAGGUGGUGCAGAGCUGUGAGGAACACCACACAGACGUUAUUUACAACGACUUGGAAGGUUAUGAUCAAGGUCAUCAGCCUGACUGAGA